AUGGAUGGUACAAAUCCAUCUUCACAUGCAUCAGCAUCCGUAAACCCUAACACAAAUACAAUUUCGUCUGAUGCAAACACUGUCCCAAAAAGUUCAAAUACAGAUAUGGCUUGGGAAUGGGGAGAGUGUAGAGAACCCGCUAAAAAACAAUGUGUAUGGUGCAAACUUUGUGGUCAUAAGAUGAGCGGAGGAGUUACACGACUAAAGCAACAUCUUACUCAUACCAGAGGACAAGUCAAAGGUUGUUCGAAAGUGAGUGUGGAUAUCCAGCAAAGAGUCUUAGCGUCAAUUAAAGAAAAGGAAAAGGUACAACUAGAAAAGAAAAGAAAUAUGGAGAUUCUUAGAUCACAUUCAAUUGAUAUUGAUGAAGACGAGGAUCAGGACGAUCAAUAUAAUCAAACUACAAUGGAUAGAAAUAAUCCGAUAAAAGAGAAGUUAAAGAUGGAAGCUUGGGAUAAAUUUGCAACUUGGGCUUCUUCGGUUGGUUUACCCUUCAAUGUCGUACAUGAUGAAGGUUUCCAAGAUAUGAUCAAUGCCAUUGGAGAUUAUGGAAGAGGUAUGCCAGCUCCAACUUAUCAUAAUAUUCGUGUGUCAUUGAUGAAACGAAAGUUGGAAGAAACGAAAGAAUUUGUGGAUUCGUUUCGGCCACAUUGGGAAGAACAUAAGUGUAGCAUCAUGUCCGAUUUUUGGAAAGACGGGAAAGGAAGGUGUUUAAUAAACUUCCUAGUCAGUUGUCCUUUUGGAACGGUAUUUUUGAAAUCAAUUGACGCAUCGGAGCAUGUGAAGAGUGCUGAUUUAAUUAUGAAGAUGAUAAAUGAGGUGAUAAUAGAAGUUGGAGAGGCGAACAUUGUGCAGUUCAUUACAGAUAACGGGUCAAACUUUAAAUCUGCUGGAAAGAUUUUACAAGAACAACAUCCUAGGAAGUUUUGGACUCCUUGUGCAGCACAUUGUGUGAACCUCAUGAUUCAAGAUAUUGGUGAGAAAAUACCAAAGAUAAAGACUACCCUGGCUGAUGCAAGAGCAAUUGUGGUUUUCAAUUAUAACCACGGAAGGAUUCUUAAUCUAAUGAGGAAGUUGACGAGAAACAAAGAGUUGCACAGGUCUUGUGUAACUAGGUUUGCAACUCAGUUUUAUACCAUUCAGUGUGUCCACGAGAAUCGACAUCAUAUUCAAGUAUUGUUUGUCUCUGAAGAAUGGAGGAAAAGUAGUUUUUCAAAGACAUUGGCUGGAAAGAGAGUCGAGCGAAUAGCGGGAAAAACGGAAUUUUGGGACAACAUACAACUAGCUUGUCAAGUGCUAGCUCCUUUGGUUGAUGUGGUUAGAUUGGUUGAUACGGAAGAGAAGCCAAGUAUGGGUUAUAUCUAUGAUGCAAUGGUUAGAGCAAAGGAGCAAAUCAAGAAAAAUGUAACUGAUGAAAGACUUGUCCAUAAAAUUAAAAGUAUGAUUCAAGCAAGAUGGACCAACCAACUUCAUCACCCGUUACAUGCAGCUGGAUAUUACUUGAACCCCGCUAUUUUACAUGGGGAAAAUUCGAAAGAUAAAAAGAAGAACGCGGAAGUUUUGACGGGACUUUACGAGGCUAUUGACUGUCUAGUGCCCAUUAUAGAGGAGAAUGAUAAUGUGAGGCAGGACUUGAAUCUAUACAUUGAUUCAGUUGGGCAAUUUGGAUCCGCGGCUGCUAUAAGGGGUAGAACGAAAGUUGCACCAUCACUCCAAUUAUUUAUAACAAAUAUGUAA